AGGGAGGGGCGUAGAUACAAGCGAGUAGAAGCGCGUGAAGAAUCCCAUUUUCUCCUGAUUGUGCUACAAGACAGUUAUGAUGUAAAUCUGUCACACCCCCAUAAAUCCCAACAAAACCCCAGGGCCUAUAUAUACCCUCCACCCCCCCACCCCUGAAUUCUGCCUUUUCCUUUUUCACCCUUCACUCCUACCGCCGUACGUCACCUAUACGUACAAUCUCUGUCUCUAUAUCCUUACACUCACCGGCACCACCAAUGUCUAACUUCUCCUCCUCCUCCUCCGCCGUCGCGACCGCCUCCGAGGUCGACGCCUCCAUCUGGCGCGCCGUCGCCGGCGCCUGCGUCCAAAUUCCACCCCCAAACUCAUUUGUGUACUACUUCCCCCAGGGCCACCUCGAACACUGCUCCUUCUCAACCGCCUUCAUCAACAGUUUCAAUUUUGCCCUAGGACGGCCCUUCAUUUAUUGUCAAGUACUGUCAAUCCGUUUCUUCUCCAAUCAUUUAUCCGACCAAGUGUUCGUCAAAAUCACCCUCCAGCCCAUCAACACCUACGGGCCAUGUCCGGUUAGCAACGCCGGCGGCGAUAGAGAGAACAAUCAGGGCGACGUCGUUUUGUUCUCGAAGAUUCUGACUCCGUCCGAUGCCAACAACGGCGGAGGGUUUUCGGUUCCUAGGUCCUGCGCGGACAUGAUUUUCCCGCCGCUGGACUUCGCGGCGGAUCCGCCGGUUCAGAAUCUGACGUUGAAAGACACCAACAACAAUGCAUGGGAGUUUCGGCACAUCUACAGGGGGACUCCGCGCCGCCACUUGUUGACUACGGGCUGGAGCAAGUUCGUGAACGCCAAGCGCCUCGUGGCCGGGGAUUCAGCUGUUUUUAUGAGGAAACAAUCGACCGAUGAGCUCUAUAUUGGGGUGAGGCGAGCCCAGAGGUUUGGCGGCAUUGAAGGUCAGAACGGCGGCGAGGCCUUGAGGGCAAUUGAGAAUGCUGUAAAAGGAAUGGCGUUCGAGGUGUUGUACUGCCCUACGUUUGGAUCGCCGGAUUUCGUGGUGAAGGCGGAGAAGGUGUGUGAGGCGACCAGAACAAACUGGACCGCCGGAAUGAGGGUGAAAAUGGCGGUGGAGGCAGACGAUUCAUCAAGGCUGACGUGGUCUUCCGGUACAAUUGCUGCUGUUUCGUGCCCUAACACCGGGCCUUGGUGCGGCUCUCCAUGGGGAUUGCUCCAGAUGACUUGGGAUGAACCUGAAAGUAUGCGGAAUGUGAACAGAGUUAGCCCUUGGCAAGUUGAAUACCUCGAUCCCACUCUAAUGCUCAAUCCCAACUUCCCUCCUUUAAAGAAGCUCAAACUCCUGUCAUAUUCAGAUAUGCUGCUAUCUGCUGGAGAGGGAGAAAUUCCCUUUCCUACGGCAGAGUUCAACUCGCCGCUGUUCAAUGCUAGCAUUCAGGGAGCCAGGCUAGAUCCCGUUUAUAUACCCACCACCACCACCACUAACAGCCAAGUGUCGAAAGAAAUCCCGGACAAGAAUGAAGGAGAACCAGAACGUGAAACUGUCUCAACAGUACUAAGCAUUGGGAGUUCGUAUUCGGACAAGGACAAUGUAUCGCCUCCUAGUCAGAGCAGUGUUGCCUCUGCAACCAAAUUAGUCCGUGAAAAUUCGUUCCAAUUGUUCGGGCAGAUCAUUCAGAUGCCUCAGCCUGGUGAAGAUGGUGCCUGUUGUAGUAAUGCAGUGUCUGAAGAGAAUCCUGUUAUUGACCACCAACUACCUAGUCCAUCUGCCCGAGUGCAGCAGCAGCAGCGUUUCCGAAGGCCGUCCGAUAAAUCUUGACGAGCUCAUGUGUAAUUAGUGGUUCUUUGCCGACAUUUUAUAGCUGUAUAGUUGAUUGCAAAGCCAUGUCUUUACUUGGAUGUAAUCCCAUAGAAAAAACACAGAGAUUCAUGUUUGAUUUGUUUUCAUUUUACCUUGGGAAAUUACAUCAUCAUCACCAAUCAAAAAUAGGCCUAAACCCCAUUUGUCUUUCUAAAACAGUACUUUGUAAUUCCUUGUUCUGUAUUUUACAAACCAAGUUCAGGUGAUUUUCUGUUUUUUUCAGGAUUGAUGAUUGGCUUUACUUUUUUUUUUUCUUCAAAUUAGUGCUGAAUAAUACCUGCAUUGUGUUUUAUUAAUGAGUAAAAAUACUUCAGUGUUUACACACGUGUAUUUAUAAGAUGACUGAAAAGGU